AUGUCUCAGGACCAGGAUUGUCAGUAUGAGACACAAUCGUUGACUGCCAGUGUAACGGACUAUCCCACCGAGAACGGGAGGCGAUAUCAUAAAUAUCAUGAGGGCUCAUACGUCUAUCCCAAUGAUGAGCAGGAGCUGGACCGCCUGGACAUGCAGCACCAUAUGAUCAAGAUGGUUAACGAUGGACGGUUAUUUUUCGCCCCGCUACAAACUCCUAAACGGAUACUCGACAUCGGUACUGGGUCUGGUAUCUGGCCCAUAGAAAUGGCAUCGAUCUUCCCCACUGCCGAGAUCACGGGCACUGAUCUUUCGCCUGUUCAACCGACCGAAGUCCCUGAAAACGUCCAUUUUCUCGUUGAUGAUGCAGUUGAAGAAGACUGGCUAUGGGAUGCCGACCACUUCGACUUUAUUCACACUGCUCAUAUGAUGGGUUCGCUGCCCUCUUUCAAGAAUGUCCUGAGGAAGGCCCUCAAGCAUCUCAAGCCUGGUGCCUACAUGGAGUGCCACGAAUUCGAUCCAAAACCAAAAUGUGACGAUGAUACUAUGCCGCCCGGAGACCCCGAUCGCUUCAGUGAGUAUGCUUUGUAUGACUGGUUUGAUCUGAACGUACGAUCGAGCCAAAUAUCCGAUCCGCCGAGACAAUUCCGCAUUGCCCAUCGUAUUGCACGCUGGAUGAGAGAAGUGGGUUUCGUGGAUGUCCAAGAACGUAUCUCCAAGGUGCCGAAUAACCCAUGGCCCACGGAUCCGCAUCUGAGAACUAUUGGGACAUGGAACGAGACGAACUGGUUGGAAGCCUUGUCAGGAUGGUCCUAUAAGCCCCUUCUUGCCCUAGGAUGGUCAAAGCCGGAGAUUGAAGUCUUCCUAGUGGACGUGAGAAAAAGCAUUCAGAACCGCGACGUCCACAGUUACCUGGACUUCUAUGUCGUGACAGGAAGAAAACCACUGCCUGGAGAGCAUGUCUGCUAG